GAGCUUGUCAGGUGACUGACUGUCUCGUUGUGUCCCAGUAUGAUCAACUUUCCCAUAUACUAACUGCUGCAGUCAACCAAGUAGCAAGCGCAAUGGCACUACGGGACGAACUUUUAAAGUCAAUAUGGCAUGCUUUCACAGCGUUGGACGUGGACAAAAGCGGGAAAGUGUCCAAGUCGCAGUUAAAGGUGCUCUCUCAUAACUUGUGCACUGUGAUGAGGAUCCCCCAUGACCCAGUGGCCCUUGAGGAGCACUUCAAAGAUGAUGACGAAGGCCCCGUCUCUACACAGGGCUAUAUGCCCUACUUGAACAAGUUCAUUUUGGACAAGGUCCAGGACAACUUUAAUCGGCAGGACUUUAACAGAAUGUGCUGGACCCUGUGUGCUCGGAAGAACCUCAACAGGACACACCUCCUCAUCUCGGAUGAAGACGCCUUCAAGAUCUGGUGCAUCUUCAACUUCCUGUCCGAAGACAAAUACCCACUGGCCAUAGUCACUGAGGAGAUCGAGUACUUCCUGCGCAAGCUGACGGAGGCCAUGGGUGGCAGCUGGGUGGAGGAGCGCUUUGAGGACUACAAGCUUGAGCUUUGCACCAAGCAGCAGUGCCUGAGUGCCUGGGAGAUAAUCACCCUGGUGGGCACUGGCACGUUCAGCAAGGGCAUGGACCGCCAGACCCUCUCUAUGGGCAUCACCGAGGUCUUCCACGAGCUCAUCCUUGACGUAUUCAAACAGGGCUACAUGAUGAAAAAGGGUCACAAGAGAAAGAACUGGACAGAGCGCUGGUUCCUCCUGAAGCCCAACUCCAUAUCCUACUACGUGAGCGAGGACCUGGCAGAGAAGAAGGGUGACAUCCUGCUGGAUGGAAACUGCUGUGUGGAGUCGUUACCGGAUAAGGAAGGGAAGAAGUGCCUGUUCUACGUCAAAUGCUCCGACAAAAGCUAUGAGAUCAGCGCGUCGGAUAAGAAGAGGAAACAGGAAUGGAUACAAGCCAUCCAGACGUGUAUCAGUCUGCUGAAGCUGGGCCGGCCGGCGCCGCACCGCGAGUCCCGCCAGAAGCGGAGGGAGCUGAGGCAGAAACAGCAAGCGGAGCAGGAGGAGCUGGAGCUCAGGAUGAAGGAGCUGCAGACGGCCAACGAGGACAAGCAGCAGGAACUGGAGGCCAUGAGGAAGAAACUGGAGGAGGCGGCGGCCAACGCGGCAGAGGAGGAGAGGAGACUCUUGCAGACGCAGACUGAACAACAGGAUCGCUACAGGGUGGACCUUGAGAGGGAGAAAAUGGUGCGACAGGAGAUGGAGGAGCAGGUGGCUCAGAAGUCCACUGAGCUGGAGCAGUACCUGCAGCGCGUCCGCGAGCUGGAGGACAUGUACCACCGCCUGGAGGACGCCCUGGAGGAGGAGAGAAGCGCCAGGCAGGACGAGGAGACGGUUCGCAGGCUCCAGGCCCGGUUACUGGAGGAGGAGGCCACCAAGAGGGCUGAGCUGGAGCAGAUCCACCUCCACCAGCAGAGGGCCAUCUCUGAGACGGAGGCGGAGAAGCAGGAGCUGGAGAAGGAGGGAACGGCCAAGGAGAAUGCCCUGCAGGCCGCCAUGCUGCAGCUGGAGCAGCUAGAGAGUGAGAGGCAGGGGGCACUGGAGCAAUACCAGGACGUAAUGCAGAAACUGGAGGACGCAGCGAACAACACCAGGACCUGGAAACAUAAAGUGGCCCACCAUGAGGGAUUGGUCCGCCUCAUUCAACCAGGUUCAAAGGGGCCUCAGAAGAUCACUAACUGGGGCCCAGCAGCCUUCACUGAUGCAGAACUAAGCCUGAGGAAGAAAGAUUGGCAGGAGAGGAAGAACCGACCCGCCCAGACCCAGUAGAGCCCCCAUUCAACACACUCAUGGUUGCUGAAUCAUUGAUGGAACAUUGAUGCAACUUUGCCCUCAGUGUGCAAUGUUGCGUCUUCAGCAUUCAUUAACUCAAAAGGGAACAGGGAAGGCAGGCUCACUUUUACAGAUACCAGGGUUGUGUUCAUUAGGCCCCAAAUGGAAGUCAACAAACUGAAACAGAGAAGGCCUACCUAGGCUUUUUGUCCAAUAGGAAAGGCAAAUUUAAUUUUUCCGUUGCAAAUCGAUUUGAAACGUUUUCUGUUUCGUGCCCUAAUGAACUCGACCCAGGUGCUGCACAGAUCUUGAUACUACCUGCAUAGCCUGAGAGUAAAAUGAACAGCCAGAUUCAAAUUGCUUUCAUAUGAUGGACUGAAGGAGCUGCGCACUUGACACUAGUAAUUCAAUGUCUGAGGAAGGUGGAGUGUGGUCCGAAACGUUAGAUUCCUUUUAUCAAAACGUUUUUGACCGUGUUUUGAUUAUACAUUUUCUUCCUAAGGGAUUUCACAAUUGUUUGUGUCUUUUGUAAAUGUAAAACUACAGCUUGCAUAAUUUUUAUCCGUUUGUGGGUUACCGUUUUUGGUUCCAUUGCCAAAGUGAUAGCACUUAAUAACCCAUAAAGUAGUAUGAACAAAACUCCACGUUAACAUCAUCAAAUUUCAUUACUUAUGAAAAUAAUAAUCAAAUAACUAGCCAUCAUACUGUACUACUCCCAUUUUAUUAAAUGUCAUUUUUGCGUACACAUACUGUGAGAAAUGGGACAUUUGCGGUGUUACACUUGAAACAUUGCUGCUACACUGUAAUGAAAAACUGUACAGUAAUCGGAGGUAUUAUCAACAUUAAAAUAAACGAUUUACGGCAACAUUGUGGGAGAAUGUUAUGGGCUAGGAAAGAAUUGCUGUAUUUCAAAUGUUACUGUAAUUUCACCACAUAGAAUACAGUACCCUACCAUAUCUUUGGCACACCAAAACCCCUUUAUUUUUUUUAUUUUUUUUAAACCUUUAACUAGGCAAGUCAGUUAAGAACAAAUUCUUAUUUACCAUGACGGCCUACCCCAGCCAAGCCUGACCCGGACGACGCUGGGCCAAUUGUGCGCCGCCCUAUGGGACUCCCAAUCAGGUUGUGAUACAGCCUGGAAUUGAACCAGGGUCUGUAGUGACGCCUCUAGCACUGACAUUCAGUGCCUUAGCCCACUGCGCCACUCGACAGCCCUCGGCCACUAGUGGAUGCAUGGUAUCGUUGUUUCUGGCUCAUUCAAAUAUUUUGAGGAAUGCCUUGUAAAGGCUGUAUUUGUUGCACCUGGUGAGUAAGAGUGCCCUAUCACUUUAACUCCUACGUGGUUAUAGUUCCCCAUCAAUAGAACUCCCCAUGUUGUAGUCCUAAAAACUGAAAAUGAUUUACUGCCAUCCCUAUGGGGGAAAUUAAUGGGGUUUUGGGAUAAAGUCUGACGUUAACACAGGCUUCGGAGAUCUUAUAUGUUUUAAUCUAUGAGAUAUCAGUCAGGUACCAUAACCUAUGUGCUUUCAUGCUUGUUUUGAUUACAGAAAUGCUUCAAAAUUCACAGCGAUGUUUCCCGAUGAAGAAUAUCUCAUAGAACAAAACGUGUAAGGUCGUAAACCUGUGUUUACCACAGACUUUAUUUUCAGCGUUUAUCCAAAACCCCUACAAAAACCUGAUUUCAUUUCCCGAAAGACUUUGGCCAACGAGCCAUGGCGGUGUUGGCGCCUACUAAAAGACACCAUUACUAUUGCUCUCUAUUUAAAUUCUAUAGGGGACAGAUUGGAGUGGAACAAAAAUGGUUAAGCGUUGUAUCUUCAUGUGCUUUUGGUCUGUUUUGCCCUGUAGUUCCGGCCAGUUUAAAAGCCUUUGUUGGCCCCUAGAAGUAUGCGUGAUAUAAGACACUCAAAUAUUCAUUAAUAUGCUGUAAUGUGUAAACUUCACCUAGCAACCACCCGCUUGCACCAAUCCUUUGUAAUUACCGAAAAGUAAAUUCAAACCCCUCCCUUCAAUCAUCCAUUCAUUCCGAUUACAGUAGCAUUUAAUUUAUUUUAUAAUAGUACAUUUUAAGGUAUUGUACUCUGUCAUUACACAGUACUUGAUACCGUAUUUAUAUUACUGUAGGUGUACUGGAAAAUGAAAUGCAGAAUUUCUUUACCUGCCACUGAAUUGCCUGUAACUGUCAAAUUCACAGCAACCCCUUUACAGUGUAGCAAAUUACAGGGCUUUGUAGCACGGUGCCAGAACCACGCUCAUGGUGGGGGAUGGAAUUGUCAUUUGUGAAAUUGUCAGUAUACAACUUUUUGUGUUUUGUAGUCGUUAAUGUGUUUAAAUAGCUGAAGACUGGUGUCAUGUUUUAUUACAGGGUUCAGUCUUAAACAAUAAUUGUAUGCCGUUGUUGCAAGGAUGCACACGUAAGUAGAGAACUGAUUGUUGAUAUAUCAUGUAACAAUAUUCACAAUAGAACAUAAUAGACACAAGACCCCAGUCUCUAAUUGAUAUGAUGCUGCCAUUGAAACAAGAGGAAUGGUAUGUUACUUUCAAAUUAUGUACUCCAGGGGGCACUAUAGAUUUAGAAAACGCAGGUUAUCCUUCAUUUGGUCAUCUCCUAAACAUAAUUUACUUAUGCAAUGGAUAAUACAACAUGUUAUGCUGUUAAAAUUAACAGUGUGUGUUUGGGGUCCCUAUUUCCAUUACUUCACUGCAUAAACCCUCCACUUUCUAAAAUAAAAUAUAAUCUACAGUGAGAUGUAAACCAAGAUUAUCUGCAUUGUUUUGUAUUUAUCUGCCGAACAACUUUAACUUUCGUUCAUAUUGAAAUAAAUAGUUUUUAUAGCUUUUUUGGCCAAAUCCAGUGGUGAAAAAGUACUUAAGUAAAAAAUACUUUAAAGUACUAAAGUAUUUUUUGUGUAUAUCUGUACUUUACUUAUUAUAUUUUUGACAACUUGUACUUUUACUUAUCUACAUUCCUAAAAAAAAUAAUGUUCUUUUUACCCAAAAGUACUCGUUACAUUUUGAGUGCUUAGCAGGACAGGAAACUGGUUUAAUUCAUGCACUUAUCAAGAGAACAAACCUGAUCAUGCCAACUGUUUUUGAUCUGGCGGACUCACUUAACACAAAUUGUUCCUUUAUAAUUAAUGUCGGAGUGUCCUCUAGCUUGCUUUAUAUGAGGAAUUUGAAUUAAUUUAUACUUUUACUUUUGAUACUUAAGUAUAUUUUAACAAUGACAUUUACUUUCGAUACUUAAGAAUAUUUUAAACCAAAUACUUUUAGACUUUUACUCAAGUAGUAUUUUCCUGGGUGAUUUCACUUUUACUCGGGUCAUUUUCUAUUAAGGUGUCUUACUUAUACUCAAAUAUGACAAUUGGGUACUUUUUCCACCAGAAGCCAAAUCUCUGAACUAUAAGUUUAUCUUUUCUAGUCUGUAGCUAGGUUUCCAUCCAAUUGGCAACAUAUUUUCAUGGCAAUAUCAACAAGUCCGAAUUAAAAACAAUAUUCGCUUUGUCCCACCAGCGACAUGUUUAUCAAAUUGACCUGUUGUGGAUAAAAUGCUGUGCCGUUAUGAUGUAGUGCACGUAAAAAUACAUUUUGCGGUUAAAUUCCCAUGUGCUAAAUAAAAAAAUGCAAGUUAAAUGGGUUUCCAUCACAUUUUCAACUCUACUGAUGAUGUGUUACACAGCGAGUGUUCCCACCCUAGUAUUGGCACAUGCGAACUAGCCAACAGAUCGCAGAUAUGACCUGAGACUAUUAUGGACAAAAGAGCGGCAGCCAAGCAUCGAUAAAGUCACCAGAAUAAGACCCUCGAUAUUUAUUUGGAAAGGUGCAUCAAGCUCAUCCUUUUGAACUUUCACCACUCUAUGAGAUUCAUCGUCAUUUAUUUCAUCUGUAGCCUAAUAAACUGCACGCUUUCCCCACGAGCCAUAGUGAGAGGACCACACGUCAUUGCGUGACUAGAACUUUACUUCGAUAUGAUGGUUAUCAGUGGUGGGAAAAGUACCCAAUUGUCACAUUUGAGUAAAAGUAAAGACACCUUAAUUAACAGAAAACGAAACUCCCAGGUAUUGCAAAUACCUGCAAAUGUAAAAACGAAGGAAUUUCAGGUAUUUGCUGUGAAGGGGUACUCCAAGUUAAGGAGCCUUAAGUGUCUCUGGAAAUGCUGUUUGUUUUGAGUUUAUAAUACUCAACUAAAGGGGCUACGCCAUAGUGUCCUUGGAGACAAUGAACCUCUCAGGCAUUGUUGGUUUAGUAAAAGUUGAGUGACCUUAACCAAGCAUCUGGCGAGACACACAGUUUAUCAGAGUAUCUGUACAUCAUUAGUCUCGAAGGUAGGUUUAGGUUAAAAGGUCUGCAGAGAAUUUUUGUUCAGGUCAAUGAUUCAUAUGUCCUUGCUCAGCUCAUAAACGGAGAUGAGUAUCAAUUCAUCAAACUGUAUCUUGGUACAAAAUGUAAAAUACCCUAAAUGUACCAAAAUAUACAAAAAUGCAGUGCGUUACUUUUAUCGUAUUACGGUCAUUGUAAUGAAGGAAUUAAUAAAUGACAUUCAUUGAGGGGAGAUGGGGUUUGUAUUUUACCAUACAUCCAUGGGAUUGGUGCAAGCAGAUAGACUGCUAGGUAAUGUGUUUAUAUAUUACAGCAUAUCAUUAACUUUGUUUUGGUUACUACAUGAUUUCAUGUGUUAUUUCAUAGUUUUGAUGUCUUCACUAUUAUUCUACAAUUUAGAAAAUUUGUAAAAAAAUAAAGAAAAACCCUUGAAUGAG